UUCUUCUUUGAGUACAUCAAGAUUGAAAAUGCAGCGUUUUAAGUUGAUUUCCAAGACCCAAUCUUCUUUCCAUCUUCUAAACUUGGUUUUGGUCUCAUCAGCUGCUUGUGUCAUCUAUCUUAUUGCGUCAGUACUUCUAGUCCACAACUCCAAACCGCCUCUAAACGUGUAUUCAUCUUCAUCGGACGCCUAUGCAUCGACUGGCGUGGAGCAUAUCGUUUUCGGGAUAGCUUCGAACCAGAAAUCAUGGCCGAACCGUAAAGAGUACGUCAGGCUAUGGUGGGAACCUCGCCUGAUGCGCGGAUGCGUGUUCCUCGAGGCCGUGCCGUCCGAUGCAACAAACGAUAGCGCUACUGAUCUUCCUCCGACGUGCAUCUCGGAGGACACUUCCCGGUUUCGCUACACUUUCAGAAACGGCCUACGGUCAGCGAUCCGAGUGGCACGCGUGGUUCUGGAGACUGUUUCUCUUAAUCAUACGAAUGUUCGAUGGUAUGUUUUUGGGGACGACGACACGGUUUUCUUCCCGCACAAUCUAGCUAAAACGCUGUCCAAAUACGAUCACCGGCUCUGGUACUACAUCGGGGCUGGCUCGGAGAUUUAUCAGCAAAACAAGGAUUUCGGCUUUAGGAUGGCGUUUGGUGGUGCUGGUUUUGCCGUAAGUUAUCCACUGGCUAAAGUUUUGGCCAAAGUGUUUGAUUCCUGUAUUGAACGGUACCCUCAUCUUUAUGGAAGUGAUUCCAGGAUCUACUAUUGCUUGGUCGAGCUCGGCGUUGGCUUAACAACCGAGCCAGGCUUUCAUCAGUUUGAUGUUAGGGGCAAUGCAUUCGGCUUGUUGGCUACACAUCCAUUGACACCCUUGGUUUCACUGCAUCACAUGGAUCAUGUAGACCCGAUCUUCCCCAACAUGACAAACACCAAGGCCUUGGAACAUCUUUUUCAUGCUGCAAACGUUGAUUCUCAGAGAAUUUUGCAGCAAACAGUCUGCUACGAUCGUUGGUACUCGUGGACGAUUUCGGUUUCAUGGGGCUAUGCUGUUCAAGUAUACAGCAAGCACAUGUUUUUACCAGAUGUUCUUCCUGUGCCGGAAACAUUCCGGCAGUGGAAAGCCGGCAAUCCCUUAGCCGGAGUUUACACUUUCAACACCAGGGAACUUCACCCUGAUCCUUGCCGGAGACCCACGAUCUUCUUCUUCGACAGUGUAUCUUCAACCAGGCAUGGAAUCAAGAGUGUUUACAAGAAAUCUUAUGAAAAUUGCACAAUGGACAUGAAUUCACCAAGGAAACUUGAAGAAAUCAGAGUCUCCACUAGGAAACUAGACCUCAACUAUAACCAGAUGCAGGCACCGAGACGGCAAUGCUGCGACGUGCUACCGUCGAAAUCCGGGGAACUUCUCGACAUCGCAAUCAGGGAAUGCGACGAAGAUGAACUAAUUCGCAUGCAUUGAUUGUUUAACCUGAGAAUAAAGUUUUUUUUUUUGAAGACAUUGUAUUCAUUUUAUAUAUCUUGAUAGAUCUCUCAAAUGUUAAUAGAAUCACAGUUGCUGGAAAGAGCAACUCGAAUCCUGCAAUCAGAUUCAGCUUCAGAUGCUGAAAGUUAAAGCAUUACUAAAUUAUUAUGUUCAAAGAAGGCAAUGGGAAGAUUUUGACAGAAAGAAGGAAUGGGAGUUUCUUGGGCAUUAAGUUAGCUGUUUAUGAAA